GAGUGAAAGGCUCGUCUUUCGCUGCAUCUUUGAGCAGCUGUACAGUGUAGCAGAUAAAUAGUAAAUAAUGCCAUCUUCCUACAGUCUGUCUGUGGUUCGUUGUUAUGACAGUUGCGGAGUGGGAACUGUAAGUUAUGAUCGGUGGUCAUGAAUGGACGAGUGAAACGAGAUAGUCUUAAAUUUAGGAAGAGGGACGAUGAAUAGCAUGCUUGUUACGGUUGCUAAUAAACACCUGUCUCAUUUAUAGUGAUCAAAUACUAUGUCGUCCGAUUCAUUUAGUGAGCAUGGGAAGUCAGCAACCGAGAUUAUACAACAGAUUAACGCAAAAAAUACAAAAAUACUUGCGUGUAUUCUCGUUAUUGGAUUCAUUGUGUAUCACGGUUUACUGCAUUGGAGAUACGGAAUUGAUUCCUGCAAGUGGCUUCUUUCUGAUGGUAGAUUUAAGGGUAACCAGGAGUGGCAGCCAUAUGGUUGCAUGAUGCACCAUUACAGUCAGACGGAUACAAGACGUUGUUUGAGAUAUUUAGCAUUCUGGGGUGAACAUAGCCAUUUUGUAUUUAUCGGUGAUUCUAGAAUUCGCCAGUUGUAUCUAGCAUUCUUGGAACAAGUUGAGCCACAAGAUUCUUCGCGGACAACUCUUCAUCCUGAACAAAUGCAUUCUGAUAUGGCUUUCACUGAUGCAAAGUUAAGACUGCGGGUGGAAUUUGUUUGGAGCACUUUUGUUUCUCAGAUCAUGGUAGAUGAAUUUCGCAAGUGGAAGGAUGAAGAUGAUCCACCAAAUGUGAUUGUUGCUGGUAAUGCCUUAUGGUCAAUUAGAGCAUCUAAUGCAUCUGUUCAGGCAUUAGAAGAGUAUAAAAAUAAUUUAACUUAUCUCGCACAGGCAAUAAACACACUCUCGGAUAAGACAAAGACUCAAGUUCUGUGGGUUCUCCAGGCACCUGUAAAUGCUGAGAAACUUCAGCCACAUAGGUCCAUGAUAACAAAUGAACAAAUUGAACUCUAUAACAAGGCUGCUUCUCAGAUUCUAUUACACAGCAGAGCCCUGCUUUGGUCUAGCACAAAACUUGUCGCACAAGGAAGUCCUGAUGAAACUACUGAUGGGAUUCAUCUUGGACCAACAGCUCUGAAAUAUGAUACUCAGAUGCUGCUGAACAUGUACUGCAACGAUCAUAUGAACUUCAAUGAUGGGAGCUGUUGCAGUAGUGCUGAGCCAUACACUACGCUGCAGGUUGUUACAUUUUCCGUUUUAGGUGUUUGUUUCAUUAUUGGUCUGGGAUUAAUGACACGUCGGUGGCUGCGUCAGUUGAAAAGUUCACCACCAGUUACUUACACUCCGCUAAAUGAACAGAGUGCAAAAGUUGCUGCCGCUGAAUCUGAUUUGUACGUAAUAGUCACAUCACUUGCACGCAUGGGGAUUAUUAUGGCAUAUUUUUUUCUUUGUGACAGGACAAAUUUUUUUAUGAAGGAAAACAAAUAUUUCUCACAGCUAAGCUUUUGGCUCCCAUUUGGUUAUGUGUUUACACUGGGUUUGUUUUUCACAGAAGACAGCCAAUAUACUAAAGUUCUUCAUCGGGAUCAGACAGAUGAAUGGAAAGGAUGGAUGCAGUUGGUGAUACUUAUUUAUCACAUGACAGGUGCAAGUCGUAUAUUACCAAUAUAUAUGCACAUUCGUGUCCUUGUUUCUGCCUAUCUGUUUCUAUCUGGAUAUGGUCAUUUUUGUUACUUUUGGCAAAGAGGGGAUGCAGGAAUAGUACGCUUUUUCCAGGUACUGUUUCGACUCAACUUCAUGACUGUGAUGCUUUGUCUCUGUAUGAACAGGCCAUACCAGUUCUACUACUUUGUGCCUUUAAUUUCAUUCUGGUUUCUAAUGGCUUAUUUGGUACUGGCUCUGCCACCCCAAAUAACAGCUGCUUCGUCUGAAACAAAUCCCCUUCAUUAUUUGUAUUUGGUUCUGAAGAUGGUGGGUCUUUUUACUGUUAUCACAGUACUCUAUAUGUCAGAGGUUUUCUUUGAAAAGGUAUUUGUUACACGCCCAUGGAAAGCCUUAUUUGUUACAACAGAUGAUGAUAUUCAUGAAUGGUGGUUUCGUUGGAAGCUGGACCGAUACAGCAUAUCAUAUGGAAUGGUAUUUGCUGCAGCGUAUAUGCUGUCACAACGAUACAAUUUGUUGGAUGACAACAAUCACAGCAAUCUCUUCUCUCGGGGAAUAUCUCUGUCAGCAACUCUUGGUGCUGUAAUUGGACUUGGAAGUUAUGCUUGUUUCUCAUUUUUGUGUCGAAACAAGCAAGAAUGCAAUGAAAUACAUUCCUACACAGUGUUUGUGCCCAUUGUGAGCUACAUAGUGCUUCGUAACAUAUCUGGUGCUCUGCGCACUCGCUACUCAAGUUUGUUUGCUUGGUUUGGACGUAUUUCUUUGGAGCUGUUUAUUAGCCAGUAUCAUAUAUGGUUGGCAGCAGAUACACAUGGUGUGCUUGUACUUUUACCUGGAUAUCCUGUACUUAAUUUAAUCAUUACUUCAUUUAUCUUUGUAUGUGCGGCUCAUGAAGUGAAUGUAUUGACUCGUGUGUUGACACCCUAUGCUGUACCUGCCGACUGGCGUCUCGUAUUGCGAAAUGUGUUGCUCUUUCUUGCUGUGCUUGUUCCAAUAGGAAUUCAUGAUGGAAUGUUUUGAAUCUGUAUUUACUGUGUAAUUGAUGAAUAUUGUGAUAUUUCAGUGACUCUCAGGAAGACUGCUGUAUUUUUGUGUUCAUAAAUUUGUAUUAGAUAUCACAGAUUCUUUGUCUUGACAAAAGUUCACUUGUGUGGAGGAGUGUAAAUAUGUUUUAAAAUUUCAUAUGAAAUUUAUCAUACGCUAUCAAAUGGGCAGCUUUUACAAUACCCUUACUGUUUUAACAUGGAUUAAACAUGUAAAAAUAAAAAUGGCAACAAAAAAGGAGGAUUGGAAAGUGCUCCGUGAUAGUAGGAAAAUAUGAAAUUCCCUGCCAUUUCAUUGUUGUUAAAACCAUUUUUCUAUGUGAUAAUGUGGCUCAUCUUGUGUAAUUUGGUUCAGAGCAGUGUAAAUAUUCACCAAUUUUAUAUAUGGGUUUAGUGUACUUAACAGCUUAGUCCUUAUCAUUGUCAGAUUGUAUAUGAUAAUAUUAUGAAAAGGAUAGAUUGCUACUCACCAUGUAGUGGAGGUGCUGAGCCACAGAUAGGCACAACAAAGACUGUCAAACAAGUAAACUUUCAGGUGAAAAGGCCUUCAUCAGAAUUAGACAAAACACACACACACACACACACACACACACACACACACACACACACACAAGCAUAGUGUCUGGCUGCGAAGGCCGUACUGUCUCCCCUUGGUAACCAGAGAUUGUGGUUGAGUGUGUGUGUGUGUGUGUGUGUGUGUGUGUGUGUGUGUGUGUGUGUGUGUGUGUGUGUCUAAUUCCAGUGAAGACCUUUUCAGACAAAAUCUUUCUUGUUUGACAGUCUUUUGUUGUGCCUACCUGCGACUCAGCAUCUCCGCUGCAUGGGAAGUAGCAAUCUAUCCUUUACAUAAUAUUAUCAUUAUUAACAUCUUGGGUUUUCCAUUGUUAGAUUAUACAAAUAUUAAAGUAGUUACUGAGACUACCUUGCUACACUGUGCUUCUUUUACUAAUUAAUUUGAAGUCUAAUUUUCUUACUCGGUGUGUGUUAUGUGCCUCUACUGUGAUUUUGUCAUGCAGUAUUUACAUUUAUUAUUUGCGUAGUACAUGCAAACACUUGUGAUAAUAGUGAAAUGAGAUACGCAAUUGCAGAAAUGUUAAAUGAACAAAGGUUAUGGAAGGGGGAAAAUGCACUUCUGAAUUGUUCAAAUUUAGAAAGAACUUACAAAUUUGAAAACUGCUGUAAGCAAAAGUUCUUUUUAACAUUCUUUCACUUUCUGCAGUGCACAGUCGAGACUUGUAUACCUUAAAAAAAUGUUUCUACUCCUCUAUGUUGAAAUGUCUGAGCAGCAAAGUGCGACUUUUGGGUGACUUGGUGCUUCAUUCUGAACCUCAUGUUGUGUUGCCUUGCAAACUGGUACAUACUUAGCAUAUUUUAUGAAGACACAAUACUAAUUUUUGCCUUCUCUUCAUUUUUGUAUUCACUUACUUGCAUUUAGAAUACUGAUUACCUUCACCAGUAUUGUCUCUGAAAGCUAGGCAGGAUCAGAAUAAGAGUUGCUCAACAUCUGCAAUAAUCAUUUCUGUAUAAUAAUCAGUUAUUCACUAAAAUAAGAACACUUCAGUUGCAUGGAACUGUACGUAAAUGCUUUAAAUAAAGUUUCCUUUACAUGUUUCUGGAUAGCUAAAUCCAAGCAACAGAUUUUUCAACAUAUACAAACCAAGAACAUUAUGUAUAUAUGGGUGAAUAACUGCUUAUCUCAGUGUCCUGAAGAUGAAGUGGGACCAAAUGAAAUAAAUUUGACUAUAACAGUGAAAAUUUUCUAAUCAUUUGGAUGAAAGUUGACAGGAUUGCAACUGAUAAAGCAGAUUAUGUUUUAAAUAGAAAAUAAAGUAAAAUUUUCAGCUGUUCAAACACACUGAAUCUCAGACUCUCUUCUCAAGAGAGAACGAAAUAACAAAAUAUUAGAUGAGCUAAAUAUGAUAGCAUAAAGACUGCUGAAAGACUUGUAAGUUAAGAUACAUUUUCUUCUUUACCAGUUCUGAAUAAACAUCAGUUCUGAUCCUUUUUGCAUUGCGAUCAUCCCAUGAGCUGGAUUCUGUUUUCACCACAAUUUAUUCCAUUGUGACAUAGUCAUAGUAUACAGCAUUUUGUUAAAUUCAGUUUGAAAUGUAACAUACUCAUUAUUCAUAAGUAUUUGCUCAAGUUUGUUCAUCAUGUUGUUUCUGCAGUAUUUUCUUAUUUUGAUUCAUUAUUGCAUUUUUGGCUCUUCCUGCCUCCCUAAUUAUAAUUACAUUGGUUGUCAUAGCCCUUUACACACAUAAGAUACAAACACCCUUUUAUUUUUAUUGUCAGUUUUCAAUGUCAUUUCCUUCAUCAUUAUUGGUACUCCUUAUUCUGACAGUUGUCGAUUCAGUGUGUAUUUUAUGCUGAAAAGGUGUAUGUAUCCCGUAUUGGUUGCAUAACACACCCCCAUGCAAGUGCGCGCAAGUGUGUGUGUGUGUGUGUGUGUGUGUGUGUGUGUGUGUGUGUGUGAGAGAGAGAGAGAGAGAGAGAGAGAGAGAGAGAGAGAGAGAGAGAGA